AUGAUAACUUAUCCGUGCUCGCGAGACGAAUCCGCGAGCCGGCGCUCAGUGGCGGUGAAGGCUCUCUUUGGCUGGGGCAAGCCCAAGGCUGACGCGCCGUCCAAGUCUCCCUCGAAAAAGUCACCUCCGGCUAAGGGAAAGGUGUCUCGAGCCUCGUGCAGCACGUGCAGAGGCACGGGAGGCGUGGACUGCCCCGUCUGCAAGGGGACGGGGAAGAGCAAGACCAAGGGCAACAUGCUGGAGAGAUGGAAGUGCUACAAGUGCCAGGGGUUCGGCCUGGUUGGCUGUCCCACCUGCGGGUCUGGAGGUCUCACCCCGGAGCAACGGGGAGAGCGAUAG